UCGGGCGGCUGUCAUCGGUGGCGAGGAGGCGCGGCGGGUCCACGGGGCUGGGCCGGGAGGACUGACUCCGGGGGCGUCGCCGCGCUGAGGCUCGGUGCGGGCGGCCGAGGAGGGAGCCGUAGCUAGGUGUCCGAAGGGCGGCUGUGCUGCCUGCCGGGCGCUAGAGCCCAGGCCGGCGGGACCCGAGGCCGCCCCGAUUCUCCCAACCCUGCUCGCCGCUGCCCUCGGGCUCCGCGCCCGGCUCCGCAGGCCGCGGUGACCGGCGGCGCGCGCCCAGGGAUGGAGGAAGAUUGAAUCCCUCUCUAGAACUUCUGAAUGUUUCUUACCAGUGGGAGCGUUCCCUGUACAGCAAAGCCAAUGGCUUAACUUCGGGGAGCGCUGGGACACCGUAGGCUCUGCUAUGCUUGGUGGAACUUGAGUUUGGAGGACACAGGGCUUUCUGUGAUGACAACAUGACUCACAGCAAAGGAAGAUCUGUCACCUGCAAGACAAGUGGCAGCCCCGACAGUGGAGGAGGUUUUGUCAAUUGGACUUUAAAUCUAAACACCAUUCAGUCUGACAAGUUUUUGAACUUACUUCUAAGCAUGGUGCCGGUCAUCUACCAGAAGAACCAGGACGACAGGCAUAAGAAAGCGAACGGCCUUUGGCAGGACGGGCUGUCGGGCGGAGCACAGACCUUCAGCAAGAGGUCAGAGCCACAUCUGGACUACCACGAGUUCUCGGAGCAGGCCUUCCACGGCGGCGGCGGUGGGCAUGCGCCAGCCAGCUGCAGCCCCAAGUACGACGACUACGCCAGCUAUAGCUACUGCGACGGAAGGGAGGCUUCGGAAACCACCGCCAUGCUGCAGGACGAAGAUCUGUCCAGUGAGGGCGAUGAUGUUAUUGUGGAAACAAACCGGAAGCUCCCGAAGGAGUCCAGCGGCGUCAUGGCUCUGCAGAUUCUCGUGCCGUUCUUGCUGGCCGGGUUUGGAACAGUUUCUGCCGGCAUGGUUUUGGACAUAGUACAGCACUGGGAGGUGUUCAGGAACGUGACAGAAGUGUUCAUUCUAGUCCCUGCGCUGCUCGGCCUCAAAGGGAACCUGGAAAUGACGUUGGCAUCCCGACUAUCCACCGCAGUAAAUGUUGGGAAGAUGGACUCGCCCAUUGAGAAGUGGAAUCUGAUCAUUGGCAACCUGGCUUUAAAGCAGGUCCAGGCCACAGUGGUUGGAUUCUUAGCAGCCGUGGCAGCGAUCGUUCUGGGCUGGAUUCCAGAAGGGAAGUAUUACCUCAGCCAUUCCAUACUUCUGUGCUCCAGCAGCGUGGCUACCGCCUUCAUUGCAUCUCUUCUGCAGGGAAUAAUAAUGGUCGGGGUUAUCGUUGGCUCGAAGAAGACAGGCAUAAACCCUGACAACGUGGCCACACCCAUCGCUGCUAGUUUUGGUGAUCUGAUAACUCUCGCCAUAUUAGCGUGGAUCAGUCAGGGUUUGUACUCCUGCCUGGAGACAUAUUAUUACAUUUCUCCAUUAGUUUGUGCCUUUUUCUUGGCUCUGACACCUAUCUGGGUUAUAAUAGCUGCCAAACACCCAGCUACCAGGACUGUGCUCCACUCUGGCUGGGAGCCCGUCAUAACAGCCAUGGUCAUAAGCAGCAUUGGGGGCCUUAUUCUGGACACAACUGUAUCUGACCCGAACUUGGUUGGGAUUGUCGUUUACACGCCAGUUAUCAACGGUAUCGGUGGCAAUUUGGUGGCCAUUCAGGCCAGCAGGAUUUCUACCUACCUCCAUUUACACAGCAUCCCCGGAGAGCUGCCCGAAGAGCCCACAGGGUGUUCCUACCCAUUUAGGACGUUCUUUGGCUCAGGUGUGAACAAUAAGUCUGCCCAAGUUCUUCUGCUCCUGGUGGUUCCUGGCCACUUGAUUUUCCUGUACACGAUUCACCUGAUGAAGAGCGGCCACACCUCUCUGACUGUCGUCUUCGUUGUUGUGUAUCUCCUUGCUGCUGUGCUACAGGUGUUCACCCUGCUGUGGAUCGCAGACUGGAUGGUCCAUCGCUUCUGGAGGAAAGGGAAGGACCCAGACAGUUUCUCCAUCCCCUACCUGACGGCGCUGGGUGACCUGCUCGGGACAGCUCUGCUGGCCUUAAGUUUCCAUUUUCUCUGGCUUAUUGGAGACCGCGAUGGCGACGUGGGGGACUAACGGGUCCUCGAAGCUGAUGCAGGGCCACCCAGGAGGAGAACACAAGGCAGCCACUGCUGCCCCUCCCGUCCCCAAAGCUCUUCAUCAGUCGUGUGACUUACGCCAGGGUCGUCUGCGGUUCACCCUGACUCCAUACAUGGCCUUAAUGUACUUUUUAAGGAAUUUGUGCUGGAACCACAGUGAACGGUAUUUGUGCUGCUUUUUGUAGAAUAAAUAAUUUGACACAGACAUA